AUGCCCGGCAAGACGCCUGAUAAGGAACCCGUCGAGAACGGCGGCUACAGGGGCGGAAAGGAAAUCGAAAUGAAGGACAACGACCUGAAGCCCAAAGGCAAGAAGACGACCAAGGACGGCGAUGACGAAAUGACGGUGGUGGUACCGCCAUCAAAAUCAUCCAAGCAGACGUCGGCUCCGCCUCCAAACGAUGGCGACGGAGACGUCAUCAUGGAUGACUUGGAGAAGGUCGGUGACCUCGAGGUCAAGGUCGACCCCGUCGUCCAGACCAUCAAUGAUAUCAAGGGAAACUUUGCGCUUCUUGAACGUGCCGUCGUGCUGUUCGACGCAAGAUUCACUCUUCGGGCCCUGCGGUCUAUCUCGUCCAUCCGGAAACGACUGACAGCGGACAUCGUCGCCCAAGUCAUCUCGGAGACGUAUCACUCGUCUUCCCCCAGCAGCAAUGUUGCGAAGCAACUACUGCUCGCCGUCGGACGGCCGGACGUGCCUCUUGGCCGACAACCAGGACCCGAGAUGGAGAUAGAUAUCGAGCCCAAGGCAUCAACCAAGAACGGUGUUAAGAAGGAGACCAAGGAAAUCAUUGCUGAAAUUGAUAUCUUCCUCGGAGUACUCACGCAGGUUCUUCUUUUUGACUCGAAACAGUUCCAACUCGGUUUCAAAUUCUCUCGAUUCCUGUCAGACCUGGUGCAGUCGCUCAACCGCCGCACUCUCGAUAGCCUCUCCGCUAAGGUGUACUUUUAUUACUCGUUGUUUUCUGAGCAGAUUGCGCCCCAUCCGCCCUCUCCCCAGUCGCUUAUUGUCUCCAUCCGGCCAACCCUUCUUGCCGCCCUUCGCACUGCGGUCCUUCGGAAGGAUGUGGACACGCAAGCUUCCGUCAUCGUUCUCCUACUCCGAAGCUACCUCCUUACAUCGCAUAUCGCGCAAGCGGAUCUCCUGGUCUCGCACACCCAGUUCCCAGAAAACGCCGCCAACAACCAGGUUGCACGCUUUUUGUAUUAUCUGGGCCGUACCCGUGCAAUCCAGUUACGGUAUACCGAAGCGCACGAGCACCUGACGGCGGCGACUCGGAAGGCGCCUUCGAGUGCCUGCGCACUCGGCUUCAGCCAGACUGCGACCAAGCUACUUCUCGUCGUGGAGUUGCUCAUGGGUGAUAUUCCUGAUCGUGCUACCUUCCGACAGCCGACUAUGGAGGCAGCAUUCCACCCCUACUUCCUUCUCGUGCAGGCUGUGCGUGUUGGCAACUUAGAGGAUUUCGAAACAACGAUUGCCGAUUAUGCCGACAUCUUCCGUCGCGACAGUACUUAUACCCUCAUUUUGCGUUUGCGCCAAAACGUAAUCAAGACUGGCAUACGUAUGAUGAGCUUGAGCUACAGCCGUAUCUCGCUGAGGGACAUCUGCAUCCGCCUCCACCUGGGCUCUGAAGAGAGCGCUGAAUACAUUGUUGCCAAGGCAAUCCGUGACGGUGUUAUCGAGGCUACUCUGGACCGCGAGAGGGGAUUCAUGAAGAGUAAAGAAGUUGGGGACGUUUAUGCAACGCGUGAGCCGGGCGAGGCGUUUCACGAUCGUAUUCGUGCCUGUCUAGCACUGCACGACGAGAGUGUUAAGGCUAUGCGAUUUCCUAUGAACCAGCACCGUCUCGAGCUGAAGAAUGCGCAAGAGGCCCGCGAGCGUGAACGAGAAAUGGCCAAGGAAAUCCAGGAAGGCGAUCUGGACGAAGACGACCUCGGCGGCGAAUUCGAAGGCAUGUAA